GGCUCUGAAGGGGUACCCAGCUGCCUUGGUGUUCGGGGCCGCCGAGCCAUGGGGUCCACCAUCCUGAUCGAUGAUUUGGAGACGUACAUCGGCCAGUACGGCACCCAUGGUGCUAUCCAGAGGUUACAGUUCAUCGCGUCGAAGACGGAGCAGGUGGCACUGAAGACGGAAGCCACCAAGUUGCGCUUGGAUCUCCUCAAGCGCACUACCAAUUGCAAGGGGUAUUCCAGCUGCUAUGCAGAGCUGAAGGAGCUGCUCGAGGGCUCCAGCACUGCGGUGCCGCCCUACGACUCCGUCUGGGUGGAGGCCACGCAGGGCCAGGCCUCGAAGCUGAAGGACCUGUAUGAGCAGGACCUCCACCAGGCCAAGGUAACCCAGAUAAAGGACUCCAUCCGCACCUGCCACACGCAGCUCACGGGGCUGUGCACCGAGCAGGGCGACUACGCCGGCGCGCUGAAGUACGCGUCGAAGAGCCGCGAGUUCUGCACGGAGCCCCAGGCGGUAUUCUCCACCUGCAUGACAAUCAUCAAGCUGAGUGCCCUGUGCCGACAGUACGAUGACAUCCAGAGCUUCACCAGCCGCGCUCACCAUACACCAUUCAAGGACGAGGCGAGCCAAUCGAAGAUCUGCGCGGCAUACGGGCUGUACUACAUGGCGACCGGGAAGUACAAAGAAGCGUCGUUCAGCUUCGCACAGGUGAAGCAGCAGGACCUUGGGUCGACGUUCUCGGACGUCCUGUGUGCCCAGGACAUCGCCCUCUACGGUGUCCUGUGUGCCCUCGCCUCGCUGGACCGGAACGAGGUCCAGUCCAAGCUUCUGGACUCCGCCAGCUUCCAGGAGUGCCUCGACCUCGCGCCGUCGAUCCGUGACGUGGCGCUGGACUUCUGCAAUUGCAGGUACGCGGCGUGCCUCACCUCCCUGGAGAGGCUCAAGGAGGGACUGCUGCUGGACGUGCACCUGCACGGCCAGGUGGCGGACCUGUGCUUGCAGAUCCGGAGCAGAGGCAUAGUCCAGUACUUCGCGCCCUUCAUCUCUGUCUCGCUGCACUCCAUGGCCGAGGCGUUCAACACGGACGUGGACGGCAUGCAGAGCGAGGUCGCGUCCCUCGUAGGCAAGCGGCAGCUCGAUGCCAAGAUCGACUCGCACAAGAAGAUCCUCCACGUGCGGCAUGCCAACCAGAGGACGGCGACUUAUAAGAGCGCGAUGCGGGUCAGUCAGGAGUUCGCGAACUCCACGCAGGCGCUCGUGCUCCGCAUGAACCUGCUCAAGCACGACUUCGGCGUGCACGUGGUUCGGCAGAAGAAAUGAACCAAAAGGUCCUCGCGCGCGCGCGGCCGCGGGCAUCGGCGGCCAAGGCAUCAGCGGGGACCGCGGCGCGUGGCGAAACCGAGCGGCUCUGCUUUUUACCGAUUGUCUAGUUGAUUGUGCGACGCCGCACGCUGGUUUGUUGAAUGUUGUGUUCUGAGUG